AUGGAGAUAUUAGAAAUAUUAUACGAACACAUAUGGAAAGGAAAGUUUUCUGCCCCCAUCCAAGACAGAUUAACUUCUAGCAAUAUGUGCGUAUUGGAUAUCGGAUCUGGGACAGGAUCGUGGAUAACAAGCAUGGCAGAAUCUUAUCCAAAAUCAUCAUUCAUCGGUCUUGAUUUAAUAGAUUUCAAAAAAGGCGAUGAUCAACCAAAUCUAGCAUUUAUCAAGGGUAAUAUAUUUGACGGUUUACCAUUUCCCGACAAUACAUUCGAUUAUGUACAUCAAAGUAAUAUGAUGACUUCGAUUCAAAAAGAUCAAUGGAAAUUUGUUAUCGAUGAAAUUGUAAGGGUCACUAAACCAAAUGGUUGGAUGGAAUUUAUGGAAAGAAAUCCAAGAGCAAAUUCUUUGGGACCGGUUAUGGAUGAAUUAAGCAAAUUAUUUGUGGCUUAUUUAAGAUCGUCUGGGGUUCAUACAAAAAUAAAUAAAGAACUCGAAAAGAUGUUGUUAAACACGAAUCAAGUCACUGAUAUUGGAAUAAAUAGUAAAGGUAUACCGAUAGGGAGUUGGGGAGGUUAUAUCGGAGAACUUUUUUGCAAAACUUUUGAUGAAUUAUAUUCGGCAAGAUUGUCGGGUCUUCUUGAUUUUAUGCGUAUACCAGAAGAAGUAUUGAUAGAGAAGAAAGUAAAAAUAGCUCCUUUAGAAUAUAAUAAAUAUAAAACUUAUGCCAAAGUUUAUAGAACUUAUGGAAGAAAAAUUUAA